GUCACCUUUCUUCGAGGAUAUGUUCUCCCUUGUCCAGCCUCCGAAGGAGGUAUCCGCAGAACUAGACCGCAUUGAUGUCUCCGAGGAUAGCACCACCCUCGAGAUCCUUAUGCGCCUUUGCUAUCCCGUCAAUCAGCCGAAGAUAAGUGACUGGUCGCUCCUGGGAAAAGUUUUGGGAGCAGCCAUGAAGUACCAGAUGGAGAUCAUCGCCGAUCUGCUCAAGGUCGCACUCCGCAGCUUCAUAGACGGGAAGCCGCUGCGCUGUUUUACGGUGGCUUGCCAGCUGCAGCUUGAAGAGGAAGCAGAGUUGGCGGCCAAAGCCUGGAAGACCCAAGCGAAGUCUCUCACAGACACGUCCAAGUCUUUCGCGUCCACCUUCGCUGGCGGAACAUACAUCCCAGAGAUGUCCACUAUGUCUUCCGCCGCCUACUUCCGGCUCUUGCAGUACCUCCGCGGCGGAAAGCUGACCAAGUUCACCACCACUCCCAAGAGGUCCGGUCCACAUUCCUCGCUGCGAGCGCCACAGUCUGCUCUUACGAUCUCGGAUGAGGAUUGUAUCCUUCGAUCGAUUGGCGGCGAAGCUUUUCCCGCGCAUUCCGUAGUGCUUCGAGUCGCAUAUGCUGGGAAACUUCUCGAGACAGCUACUACAUAUGAUACAGAAAACGGAAGUAUGCGAGAAGUGCCUGUUGACUUGGACAGCAGCACCCUCCGGGCCAUGCUCAAAUUUUGCUACCCAAUGUCGCAUGUCGCAUCGCUGGACCUGAGCGACGUCGUUCGAGUCUUCGAAGGUGCCGGGAAGUAUGGGAUGCAGGAAAUAGCGGAUGCAGCUAAGCAGCAGAUAAUGAAGAGCGUCGAGACGAGGCCGCUCUCCGUAUAUCUGCUAGCCGGGCUAAACGGAUGGGUGGAAGAGGCGCAGGAGGCAGCAAGGCGUUCAGUGCUCCGUGGUUUACGCGACACCUACGUGCCCGAGAUGGAAGAAGUCCCCGCCCCGGUGUAUCACGCCCUUCUAGAGUUCCAACACCGGUCACGAAGCAUAGCAACAGAUAUUGUCGCCACACACGCGCCGAAUGCUCCAACUUGGCUGUCUGUUUCAGCCAAUCAUCUCCAAACGCUGCCUAUCGCACCCUCGCUCCCGCUUGUAGAGGAGAUGAUCUUGGGGUCAGGCGUCGGUGGGCAGUAUGAAUGCCAUACCUGCGACACGUCUUACUUCAGUGCGUUCAUAGCUAGUAGGUGUCCCACGUGUUACACAGGGGAUAACAGCCGGAUGUCGGCCGUGCUUGAAGAAAGUGCUGCCAUGGAAAGGGAGAUACGGGACGCAUUAGCUCAGCUUCCACUGUAUCUUCAACAUCAAGUAACGCCGCGAAGCGACUAAAAGCUACUACUUCAAUUCGCCAAUUCGUAGCGGCGUGCGAGAUACUAGUCAUCUUCUUAACAGUGGUUGAAUCGUACUUAGGGGUGUGGGCCGAGUAUACCAGACCGUUCGCUUAACUGAUCAGACGCACGAGUUCCGAUAUCGGAGUAGCAGCUUGAACUGGUAAUUCAUGUAUAGGAAUAAAAAAUGAUAGCCC